CUCGGAGUACAAAUUUAGAGGAAAUUCGAGUAGAUGUGACAUUUCCAUGCUACUACAGUAACUAUUGACUAUAACUACUUCCAACUUCUCACCGGUACUGAUUUGCGAUGGAUUUUAAUAAGCCAAGCCAAACGUAACAUAUCGAUAGAUGGUGUAGUAUCAAAUAAUUGAAAAAUGAAUGCCAUCUACAGACUGUUUAAUAUUAAGUGUGCUGCAUGUGAAUCACAAAAAAAGACUUCAACCAUUCCCAAACCAGAUGUCAUUGACAGCAAAAUAAAAGAUCAAACUGAAGAAACACAAACCCAGGAUGAACUUGAAAAGAACAAACAGCACAAGAGACAGUUACACAGUAUGACAAUGCUUGUGACAGCCAUAGGAUGCUUCAUAUUUCCUCUCACAAACACGUUUAAAUCUCGCAUUGUUGAGCAUCGGGUCCGCUCUUCAAUAUCAUUAGGCAUAGUAGGAUUAGUGUUUUACACCCAGUCUCUGUAUAGUUUUUAUGGAAUCAAUCACCCACCUCUAAAACUUCUGUACGAAAAUCCAAAAGAAUACAACAGACUGGACAACGAGAAUCUGAAAGUUUUAAUGAAGGAAUUGAAAAAUACUUACGUAAACUUAUAUCAAGAAAUGAAAAAGAAAAUAAGUAAACCAACAGAUGAAGCUGAUGAAAAGAAAUGAUGUGUGUUACAGUUGUUGAUGUAGCUUUGUAUUUUUUAUUAAAAUUAUCUUAAAUUGACAUCAAAUAAAAAUGAAAUCCAUC